AUGACAUCUGAAAUACUGGAAGAGACACCCAGCAUGGAUACCGAGUCUGAAGUAAGACCCUUUUCCUCAGAUAAUCAGGACACAUCAAAAACUGGUGUCACUGUUAGCGUAAAUCAUUCGGCAGCUGAAGAUGAUAGUGCGAAGCGAACAUCACUCUCACUUUUAGAAAAUGACAGAGAAACAAUUGGUAUUAUAAAGAGGAGCAUCGAAGAGUCUGAAAUCGAAGCAAAUCUCAAUGCUGAUAUAAGCAAUGAAGCUUUAGAUUUAACUUCAAGCAAACCAAUCGAGCUUUCAGGACAAGAACAUACAAACUUACAAUCUCAGCUUAUUACUGGGAUAGAUAAAUCUUCGAAUACCAAGGAUAACAGAUCGGGUGCAGAUGCAAACACAACCGAUGAAUUUAAGGAAGGCUUUUCUACUGCUCUCAAGUCUGAUGGUUUCCAUAUUGAUGAAACGCGGCAUCCCAAAGCCAAGAUCGAAUCUGUCGAACCUGAGAUUCCAAGAAAUGUUGAUCAGAUUGGCGUCUCAAUAAAUGGUAUAGAUAAAGAUAUCAGCUCGAACGUACUGCCCUCCUCAUCUGGCCCUUCUUUAAAUGUGCAAAAAGAUUAUCUGGAUAAUCUUUCCAAACAUGUCCCAAUUUCCGAAUCCAUUCAUGAUUCUAAAGUCCCCAUUUCAUCAGGUAGAAAAAAUCGACUUGUGAUUUUUUGUGAGGAACCAAUCUUCUAUGAUACGAAAGAGUUCAUAUCUCGGCUCAAGGUUUCUACUAGUGACGACGUUGAGGUUGUUAAGCUAAACGAGCUCAAGACAGAUCUUAUCGAGAACAAAAACUCUUAUACUAAUGUACAUUUUUGCAUAGAGUAUAGCGACAGCUUUAGCUCGAAUCUUAAGAAUUUGACGACAUAUUUCACCAACGACUGGACUAACGUACAACCAAGCUUGAAUGUUGCUUUCCACAUUCAGUUCGAUAAAGAAAUGUUAUGGCCCCAAGAUUAUAACAAGAUAGAAAGAGACGAGUAUGAUAACUUCAUAAAGUCUUUAUCUCAGAUUAUUUCAGAUCGUAUAAAUCAAUUUUCUGUCAUUGGCAAAUCUCUUUCUGAUAUGAAUUCUCCAACAAAAAAAGAUGACAGUUCAAGUUUAAAGCAAGAAAUCUCUGUAGAGUUUCAAGAAUGGAAAAAUUUAAGAACUCUAGACUACACUGGGGGUAAUGUCGUAUCUUUUGAAGGUAUUAAUUUUCCUGAAAGCUUGGAAGUGUUAAACAUAGGCAAUCAAAAUUCCUUGAAAUCCCUUGCUGGCUUCAAAAUGCCUCACAAAUUAAGAUCGUUGAUUGCGCAUAAUACUGCCAUUUCUUCUAUUGACAACAUCAGCUUUUCACCAUUUUUAGAGAGCCUUGAUCUCUCGAAUAAUAAUAUUUAUUUUCUUAAUUAUGUUGACUUUCCAGUAAGGUUGUUGGAGAUGGACUUAUCUAAUAAUCGAAUAGAUAAUCUUAGGGGGGUCAACUUUCCCAGAACACUUAGAUCACUAUCCUUGGCUCGGAAUCCUAUUGAAUGCAUUAAAGGCGUGAAGUUCCCUGACGGUAUUCAAUACCUUGAUGUGUCUUGCAUUCCGAACGAAUCAAUGACAGGUGUUAGAUUCCCUGACUCAAUAGUUGCGUUGAAUCUUCAAGAAUCGAUGACUAAUACUAGAGGUUUGAAAUUACCUCAGUUUUUAAAAGAAGUCAACCUAAGUGAUAAUGGUGUUAACAGCAUAAAUCCCUUGAAGUUACCAAAUAGCAUUGAGCGGUUAUUUCUUAGCAAUAAUAACAUAAAAACACUCAAUAAAGUUCUGUUUCCACCUUGUUUGAAGGACCUAUACUUGGGUAAUAAUCUCAUAACCACAUUAAAAAAUGUCCAUUUUCCAGUUGGUCUCGAAGUACUUGAUUUAGAAAUGGAUCCAGACGUUGACGAGAAUGAUAGACAUAUUACUACCUUAAAAGAUGUAAUAUUUCCACCCAAUUUAAAGGUCUUGAAACUUGGCCAUCAUUCCAUAAAGAGCAUAGAAUCAAUAGAAUUUCCUUAUGGUUUGGAAUGCUUGAGUUUGGCAUACAAUGAAUUGAAAUUUGCAAGGAACAUAAAGUUUGGUCCAAAAUUAAAAACGUUGGAUCUUAGUGGAAACAGGGACUUGAUUAAUAUUGAUCAUUUUAUGAUCCCAGAUUCAGUGACCGAUCUACGCAUAGCGCCUCAGUUAAUAGAAAACUUACCGGCGUACAUCAUCGAACGGGCAAAUAAUAGACAAGUAAAGAUUUCGAAGUCUGCACCCUACUAG